CCAUUGACGCGCGGCAAGUCGGCGGGCGGUCGCGAGUCACGCGCUAGACGUUCGCCGCUCAGGUGUUGGGUUUGGGACUUGGCAGUAGUUGUCGUUGGGACUGUUGGGUCAUAGUCGUCACCCGUCACCGCAGAGACAUCGAUAGUACGAGAGCGGAUCAUGUCGGGAGCUGAAUUGACCGAAAGUCAGCGCCCCAAGGUCGUAUACGUGUUCAGCGGCAAGCGGAAAUGCGGAAAGGAUUACAUCACGGACGCGAUCCACAAAAGAAUUGGAUCAGAAAAAUGUGUGAUAAUUCGCCUUUCUGGCCCCAUAAAAAAGCACUGGGCUCAAACUAAAUCACUCCAAUUGGAUGAACUUCUAAGUGAUGGUGAAAUGAAGGAACAACAUAGAAAGGCGAUGAUUGAUUGGAGUGAAAAUAUACGAACAAAUGAUCAUGGUUAUUUUUGUCGUAUGGCAAUAGAUAUGUAUGAUCAAAAUCACUCAAAAGAUAUCUGGAUUGUGAGUGAUGCUAGAAGAAAGACUGAUAUUGAAUGGUUCAAAUCGAGUUUUGAUAAUUUAAAACUGAUCAGAAUCACCGCAGAUGAAUGCACAAGAAAAGAAAGAGGAUGGAACUUUAUACAUGGAGUUGACAAUGCAGCAUCAGAAUGUGAUUUGGAUGAAUAUUUAGAAUGGGAUUGGAUUGUUGAAAAUAACAAAUUUAAUGAUUGCAAUGAAUUUAUAAAUAAAAUUGUGAAUCAUGCACUAUCAGUUCAAUGAUAUUUAUUGUAUUUACUUAAAUAGAUUUGGUAUAUUAUGUACAAAUAUUGUAUGCACUGGUUUCUAUAUCUUAUUCAAGUUCAUACAAAUAAAAUAAAAAGACAUUUAUUUAUUUAUUUUUAUAAUACAUAAGCAGUUAUACGAUAUAUCACUAUAAUUGU